AUGUGCGGUUAUCGUGUAUGUGCAAUUCUGUGGAUUGUUAUUGGUAUAUACGUGGCUAUAUACACCCCAUUCUUGUUUUUAUUUAAGAACAAAUUGACCAUGAGCUUGCCGUUUACUAAAGGUUCACCAAUAUACAAAGCAUGGAUAUCACCUAUACAUUUAACUUUUAAAUGUUAUCUUUUCAAUGUUACAAAUCCUGAUGAAAUAAUGCAAGGAAGCAAUCCAAAUCUAGACGAAGUUGGUCCAUUUGCUUACGAUGAAAUAUUCGAGAAACAAAUUAUAAAUGUAGACGACGAGAGGGAUGAAAUCGUAUAUACAACAAAAUCUACGUACAGUUUUAAUAAGCAUUUAAGUUUGAACUUGUCUAAAAGUGACAAAGUUACUAUAUUAAAUCCUGCAUACAUUGGUACCAUAUCGAUGCUAGCUGGUUUACCUCCCGAUUUUAUGGAGAAAUACGGUGAUAACAUACCGAAACUGUUUCCGAAUCAUAGUAGCAUUUUUCUGAAAGCUAAUCCCAACGAUAUACUUUUCAACGGAGUUAAAGUUUCGUGCAACUUAAGAAAAUUCCCUGAAUUGAAUCUGGUGUGCAAAACGCUGAAGAACAAUCAACCACCUGUGCUGAGAAAAACUGACAAGGAAGAUUCUUAUUUGCUCAGUAUCUUUCAGAGGAUAAACGAUACUUUUCACGGGCCAUUUUCUGUUAACAGAGGUCUGAAAAAUAUAACGAGACUCGGUGAUAUAACAUCUUACAUGGGGAAAAGAGUGCAAACAGUAUGGAACUCUGAGAGUUGCAAUACAGUAAAAGGAACUGACACAGUCACUUGGCCGCCAUUAAUAGAACCAUUGCCUUUCAUUUCAACCUUUAUACAUGAGUUAUGCAGGUACUAAAAAAUUUCACUCUCUUUUAUCUCAAUAUAA